AUGUUGGUGCCGUCAUGGUUAGAGUCAUUGCUAAGUACAUCAUUUUUCACUGUCUGCCGGACACAUGGAGAUGCAGCAAGGAGUGAAUGCAAUAUGUAUUGCUUAGACUGUGCAGGUGAUCCAUUUUGCUUUUAUUGCCGUUCUUCUAGACACAAGGAUCAUCAAGUAAUUCAGAUAAGGAGAUCUUCAUAUCAUGAUGUUGUGAGGGUUGCAGAGAUUCAGAAGGUAUUGGACAUAAGUGGAGUUCAAACCUAUGUGAUAAACAGUGCUAGGGUGUUGUUUCUGAACGAGAGGCCACAGCCAAAAUCUGGAAAAGGAGUUGCUCAUGUUUGUGAAAUUUGUGGAAGAAGCCUUUUGGAUCCAUUUCGUUUUUGUUCUUUGGGAUGUAAGCUUGUAGGAGUGAAACGAAAUGGGGAUGCAAGCUUUACCUUAGAGGCUAAGAAUGAGACAUCAAUGGAAAGAAGAGAAGGCAUUUCAAGAGAGGAAGAAGAAUUGCGUGAAGGCUCGCAACAAGACAUAUACCCGCCCACGCCUCCUCCACCUCCUUCAAGUGCACGGAGAAGAAAAGGCAUUCCUCAUAGGGCACCUUUUGGAUCCUAG